UCGUUGUUCUUCGGCCCCAUGGACCCCCUGAGGCAGUCCCCCUCCCCCUGCUCGUCACGGGCCUCCAGCCCCAGGACCCCACCCUGCGAGAUGCUUGGUUAUGUGGGCAUCGAGGCCGUGCUGGACCAAUUGAAGAUCAAGGCCAUGAAGAUGGGGUUUGAGUUCAACAUCAUGGUGGUGGGACAGAGCGGGCUGGGCAAGUCCACCAUGGUGAACACGCUCUUCAAGUCCAAGAUGUGGAAGUCCGCCAUGCCCGGCCUGGGGGUGCCCACGCCCCAGACGCUGCAGCUGCAGUCUGUGACCCACGUCAUCGAGGAGAAUGGUGUGAAGCUUAAGCUGACUGUGACUGACACGCCGGGCUUUGGGGACCAGAUCAACAAUGACAAGUGCUGGGACCCCAUCCUAGGCUACAUCAAUCAGCAGUAUGAGCAGUACCUGCAGGAGGAGAUCCUCAUUACCCGCCAGCGACACAUCCCCGACACCCGGGUGCACUGCUGUGUGUACUUCGUGCCGCCUACCGGGCACUGCCUGCGGCCCCUGGACAUUGAGUUCCUGCAGCGGCUCUGCCGGACUGUAAAUGUGGUGCCUGUGAUCGCCCGGGCUGACAGCCUGACCAUUGAGGAGCGAGAGGCCUUCAGGCACAGGAUCCAGGAUAACCUGAAGACUCACGGCAUCGAGGUGUAUCCACAGAAGUGCUUUGACGAGGACAUCAAUGACAAGAUCCUCAAUAGCAAGAUCCGGGAACGGAUCCCCUUCGCUGUGGUCGGGGCUGACCGAGAGCACAUUGUGAAUGGGAGGUGUGUCCUGGGCCGAAAGACAAAGUGGGGCAUCAUUGAAGUGGAGAACAUGGCUCACUGUGAGUUCCCCCUCCUGAGAGACCUGCUCAUCCGCUCCCACCUCCAAGACCUGAAGGACAUCACCCACAACGUCCACUACGAGAACUACCGCAUCUUCAGACUGAAUGAAAGCCACGUGCUGCCCCAAGGGCCUGGCUGGGUGAACCUGGCCCCCGCCCCAGCCUCCAUCCCCGCCCCUGCCAGCCCCCGGGCCAGCCCUGGACCCCCAAAGGUCUGCCGGUGGGCCCAGGACAACUCAGACGAGGAAUGCUAA